GGAAAACCAAUAUCUCACUCACAUUUACCUUUUCCCAAAGAUCUGGAAAGCUACAGCACAUUUUUUGGUCUCUCGAAGCAACCGCAUCUAGAGCGAAAAUCACUACACUCGUGUUUGCAGCAACAAAGCCAUGUCUAAUAUUUCUAUAGCCGAUGAAGAAAAGGCUCAAAUUUGCCAUGUGGAGACGGCAGACUCACAAAGAAAAGAAUUGGCCAAGCCCGAGUCCUUGCAAAAAUUCAGCGAGGCAGAACUCGAGGACAUGCAUCGGAGAAUCACCCGCAAAGUGGACAUCAGGUUGAUUCCCAUGCUCGUGCUCUUAUACAUUUUGAAUUACUUGGACAGAAACAACAUCGCCAGUGCCCGAUUGGGGGGCUUGGAGUCUGAUUUGGGGCUCCAGGGUAACCAGUAUCAAAUCUGCAUCUCCAUUCUUUUUGUUGGGUACAUCCUCAUGCAGAUCCCGGCAAACAUGUUUUUGAACAAGUACAAAAAACCGUCUGUUUUCAUCACUUGUAUUAUGGUUUCUUGGGGAACGGUUUCCACUUGCACGGCAGCCGUACAGGGAUUUGGAGGCUUGCUUGCGAUAAGAUUGAUUUUGGGGUUUGUGGAGGCAGGUUUUUUCGGAAGUGCCCUCUACAUUUUGUCCUGCUGGUAUACAAGAAACCAGCUCUCACUCAGAAACUCAUUGUUGUAUUCUGGUUCGUUGCUUUCGGGUGCCUUUUCUGGUCUUAUUGCUGCAGGAAUCAUCGAGAAUAUGGACUAUGUAAGGGGAUUACGGUCCUGGAGAUGGUUGUUCAUCAUCGAGGGCGCAAUUACCGUCGGCAUUGCGCCCUUGGCUUACUGGGUGUUGCCUGACAUGCCCCAAAAUUCUAGGAUGCUUUCAGAUCUCGAGAAGGAAGUUCUUUUGUACAAAAUCAGAGCUGAGAUUGGUGAGGAUGACUCGGACUCCAUCAACACAGAAACGUAUUGGGGUGCAUUCAAAUUAUGUAUCAGCGACAUCAAGGUGUGGGCCUGUGUGGGGAUUCUUUCGUGGUUGGUGGCUGCCUGUGGCGUCACCAAUUUCUUUCCUUCCAUUGUGGAAACCUUGAAUUUCAGUAAGGUUGUGACUCUAUGUUUGACAGCGCCCCCGUAUUUGCUUGCCGUGGUGAGUACGUUUUUCUGGGCCCGCCACGCAGAUAAGACAGGCGAGAGAUUCUGGCAUGUUGUCGGCCCAAUGGUGGUUUCCAUCAUCUCGUUCAUAAUUGCGGUAGCAACGUUAAACACGGGUGCACGGUACUUUGCCAUGGUCAUCAUGGUGCCUUCACUCUACUGCUCGUUCACCACGAUUCUUUCGUGGAUGUCAAACUCGUGUCCCAGGCCACCGUUGAAAAGAGCCAUUGCGCUCUCGUUGAUGAAUUGCUUAUCAAACUCGGCGUCCAUCUGGAACGCCUAUUUGUACUCGUCCUCCUCUGCGCCCCGCUACACCACUGCCUUCAUAUGUAACAUAGUGUUCUUGGCUUUGGCAAUCUUGUGCGCCAUUGCCUUGAGAUGGAGACUACACGUUUUGAACAAGUCGAUCGAAAAUGGUACGAUGAACUGGGAGCGCGAGCUUGGCAAGGGAAACGACGGGCUUUCCGUGAAAGAAGACUUCCGGUUCUUGACCUAGGUAGUUUUGAUAUAGUCAAACAGUUACGAGGUUUAAAACUAUGUAUCGAGCCGCAAAUGAGGUCCAAAAAUGGCACAAUACGUGACUGAUCGGUGGCUAAGAUAUUGAACGUGGCGACAUCAGAUAUAGACGCUUCCUGCGCUUUAGCACAGCUUCCGGAGCUUCCAACCCGGGAAAUUAUAGAUCAUCCCCCCUUCAAUGCGGCUUACUCUCCUGUGUCGAAAAUCAUACAUUCAUCAUACCACCACUCUAUUUGAGACGAGACCGCGUCAUCUCGAGAAUUGCGUCAUACAAAUAUGUUUUCAACGCGUCGAUGCUGAGAUCGCUUUUGCUUUUUUGGUCCAAGUAGUCGGGCUCUAAUUUCACUUUA